GAUAAAUUAGCAAAAGUAUAAUUGAGGCAACUUAAAAGUUGAAACUAAUCUCUCUUGGCUGGGGUUCACAUUGUUUCAGGACGCUUUCUGAUCUUCGUUUCUCUCCGCUCACACUCAGUCACAGGGAUUUCUCCCCAAGGGGAUGUGAUUUUUGGCAUCUCUUGUUGGGAGUGGGAGUUUGAAGAGUCUGCUGAAUUCAUAAGUAAUCUAGAGGAAUGGCAGCACCAGUCAGUAAUGGUCAUUCUGAAGAAGGAAGAAAUGAGAAGUCAUUGAUGGAAAAUGGGGAAUACACUUUCUUCGCUAGGUCCAUGUAUAAGCGGCGGAAAGUCUCUGCUGUUCGUGAUUUCCCAGAUGGAUGUGGACCAUUUGCUUUGAGGAUUGAUCCAGUGUUAAACGUAAAUAUUGUGGGUUGUGGUUCAACUAAUGGUACAAUUAUUGAGGAUAAGAAUGGUGAACAUUUAGGGGAUGAUACUGUUAAAACUUCCAACUGUGAAAAUGAUGGCAGUCAUUCUGAAGUAAAAGAUUCACUUCUCACUGAAACUCUUGGUCAAACAACUGACAGUGGUUUGAAUAUGGAAAACCCUGUAGUCUCAUCUCCUCAAGUGAAUGGGUCUACUGCAGAACAUGAACCUGCAAAAGUGACUAUUGGCCAAACAAUUGAGUCUGGUUUGAAUAAGGAAAACCCUGUUGUCUCAUCUCAUAAAAUGGAUGGACUUACUGCAGAAGAGGAAGCUGCAAAAGUGACUGUUGAACAAACAAUUGACCGUGUUUUGAACAAGGAAAACCCCGUGGUCUCAUCUCAUCAAGUGGAUGGGCCUACUGCAGAAGACGAGUCUGUCAAAGUGCCAUUAGUGGACAUAGAAAUUCUGAAUGCAGAGUUUGCAAGAACUGCAAACACUGUAAAAUGUGACUCCUCUUAUAUGUUGAAGUCAUCUUCUCAAGUGGGUGAAGUGGUUAUGUCAGGUGGUUUAAAACCCUUAUUGCCCAAUGUCAAUAUAUCUGGUUCUAGUGCUUGCAUGGUGGAGCCUGUAACUAGAAGGUAUCUUCCUCGAAGAAAAGUUUCAGCUCUCAGAGACUUCCCAGCUUUAUGUGGACGCAAUGCUCCACAUCUCAGUAAGGACAAGGAUGUGUGUCUAGAGGGGAUCUCUUCUUUAAAUAACAAGAAAGCGUGUCAACAGAACCUGGCCUUAGAUGACAACAAUCCAUUGAAAGAAGUAGGAGCCAUGGCUGUAGAUCCAUUGAAAGAAGUAGGACCCGCUGAUGUAAAAGAAAUUAAAAGUAACAUCCAAGAUGAAUAUGGUUACAAGAGAAAGCUUGUGGACAUCGUCCAAACUGAUUCUGAAAGUAAUGCUGCAAAGAGAGUGAAGAAGCCACUGGAAAUCAAGAGAGACAAGCACUUUACACUUCCUGAAGAAAGUAAUCAUCAUGUUAAAAUAAAUUCCAAGGCAGAGGUAAAAGAGCAAAAUAGGGAAGAGACAAAGCCUUUGGAUCUAUCUCAUUCUAAGCAUAAGUUGAAAGGGAAUUUCAAUGGAUCCCGGGUCUCAUCAGAGAGGAAAGUAGUACUAGGUUUGAUGGCUGAAUCAGAAUGUCCUUGGAGGUCUGACAAAGGUUCCUCAAAAUUUAAGUUCGGUGAUGCUAAAAAUGAAGGCAAGAAAAAGAAAGUAACUGUUGCAUUGCCUGACAGGUCUAAAACAGCUAUCAAGAGUAAAGGUGCACAAAAUUAUUCUAGGCAGAAGCCUUUCAAAAAGAAAAAAGGAAAUGCUACUUCUGAAGGUAUGAGUGAAUUAGUAAUUUGCGAAAAGAAGGAUAGUCUCGAUUCAUAUGAAAAUAAUGAAGACCUUCAAAUUGUUCUGAAAUCACAUGAGUUCAAUGUAAAUGUUACUCCUUCUCAUUCUAAUUUCACUGGUGAUGAGGACGACUCAAAUGUGACCCGGAAAAAAGUGAGGAAAACUUUACGGUUGUUUCAAGUGGUUUUCAGAAAGCUUUUACAGGAAGUAGAAUCAAAGUUAAGUGAGCGAGCAAAUAGUAAAAGAGUUGAUUUAAUUGCUGCAAAGAUCCUUAAGGAGAAUGGACAUUAUGUUAACUCAGGCAAGCAGAUACUGGGUGAUGUCCCCGGGGUUGAAGUUGGUGAUGAAUUUCAAUACAGGGUGGAGCUUAAUAUAGUUGGCCUUCAUCGUCAGAUUCAGGGUGGCAUAGAUUAUGUGAAGCAAAAUGGUAAGAUUCUUGCAACUAGUAUUGUUGCGUCAGGGGCUUAUGCUGAUGAUUUGGAUAAUUCAGAUGGCUUGAUAUAUACAGGGCAGGGUGGGAAUGUGAUGAACACUGAUAAAGAACCUGAAGACCAGAAGCUUGAGCGGGGCAAUCUUGCUCUGAAGAACAGUAUUGAGGAAAAGAACAGUGUUAGGGUGAUACGUGGCUCUGAAUCAAUGGAUGGAAAGUGCAGGAUAUAUGUUUAUGAUGGACUGUAUGUGGUUGAGUCUUGUUGGCAGGAUGUGGGACCACAUGGGAAGCUGGUUUAUAAGUUUCGACUGCGAAGAAUCCUUGGUCAACCAGAGCUUGCUUUGAAGGAAGUGAAGAAAUCUAAAAAGUUCAAAACAAGAGAAGGUGUAUGUGUUGAUGAUAUUUCUUAUGGAAAAGAACGUAUUCCGAUAUGUGCUGUGAACACCAUAGAUGAUGAAAACCCCCCUCCGUUUAAUUACAUAACUAGCAUGAUAUACCCCAAUUGCCAUGUCCUUCCUGCAGAAGGAUGUGAUUGUACUAAUGGAUGCUCCGAUUUGGAGAAAUGUUCAUGUGUAGUGAAAAAUGGGGGAGAGAUUCCAUUCAAUCACAAUGAGGCUAUUGUACAAGCAAAGCCUCUGGUCUAUGAGUGUGGACCUACCUGUAAAUGUCCUUCAACAUGCCAUAAUAGAGUCAGCCAACUUGGCAUAAAGUUUCAACUUGAAAUAUUUAAAACCGAUACAAGGGGAUGGGGUGUGAGAUCCCUGAAUUCAAUCCCAUCAGGAAGUUUUAUAUGUGAAUAUAUAGGGGAGCUUCUUGAAGACAAGGAAGCUGAACAAAGAACCGGUAAUGAUGAGUAUCUUUUUGAUAUUGGAAAUAACUAUAGCAACAGUACUCUUUGGGAUGAUCUUUCGACUCUCACGACUCUCAUGCCUGAUGCACACACAGCUUCUUGUGAAGUUGUGAAGGAUGGUGGUUUCACCAUUGACGCUGCUCAGUUUGGUAAUUUGGGGAGAUUCAUCAACCAUAGCUGCUCCCCUAAUCUUAUUGCUCAGAAUGUCCUUUAUGAUCACCAUGACACCAGGAUGCCUCACAUAAUGUUCUUUGCUGCUGAUAACAUUCCUCCCUUGCAAGAGCUGACUUAUGAUUACAAUUAUGAAAUAGAUCAAGUUCGUGAUUCUGAUGGCAAUAUAAAAAAGAAGUAUUGCUAUUGUGGUUCUGUGGAUUGUACUGGCAGGAUGUAUUGAGGGCAACAAGGUUAAUUAAUGUAAUAGUGUUUUUCUGCAGUCUUAAUGCGAAGUUCAUCAAUAUCCUUCUUCUUCAAUGUAAGGAAGACGAGUGUUAGUAAUCAAUGUUGUUAAAUAGCAGGGUGACAGAAAAUUGAUAGGUUGCCAUUUUAUGGUCGUGGUGUAACGGGUUUUACAUGACGACUGUCAUACUUGUGUGCCCAUGGCGAUUGUGCACAGAAAAUUGCGGACAUGCGUGUGAAUAUAGCUUACUAAAUUUAAAAAACAAAUAUUAUCAAAAUGCUCUCAGCUAUUAUAGAUCCAGACAUGCGUGUGAAUAUAGCUUAGCCUACUUCCUGUAUUUAACGCAAGGAGAAAUUUUUGUGUACUAUUAAUCUAAUUAUAUUAGUAAUAAAGGUACGUGUUUGUCUA